AUGUAUAUAACUCUCUGAUAGGGUAUCUAAAAUACCUCACCACUUUUCAAUUCAUUUACUCGUGAACCUUUCCUAAGCUAAGAUACUUUUGUUUUUAGGUCCCGACUCCACAAAGGACUCUUCAACCCACUGUUACAAAGAGAAGGAAAUCCCAUGCAGGGACAAAGGGUUUGGGACUGAUUUAAGUCUACUUGAGUUGGAGAACAGAGAGUUGAGAAUGAAGAUCCGUCGCUUGGAGAAGGAGCUCGCUGAUAAGGAAUCCGAGCUGGCGAUGGCCCGCAGCCGCUACUUGAGCGAGUUAUCGUCCGCGUCGCCCAACAGCCGCUCGGACGUGGAGCACUACCGGCAGGCGGCGCUGCAGGCCGAGCGCCUGCUGGAGGCCAGGGAGGCCAGCCAUCGACAGCAGAUCAUGCGGCUCGAGAACCAGGUGACGUCACAUACACUAAUUAAAUAUCGAUUAUCAUUUAUAUCGAUGAAAUUGGUUAGUAAACUCGAUAAAAAAAUAUCGAUUUCAGCGGCGCAGCUCCGCAGCCAGCUGUCGGCGGAGCUGCGGCGGCGGCAGGCGUACGUGUCGCGCUCGGGGCGCGCGGCGCGCGACGUGCAGCGCCUGCGCGCCGCGCUCGGCGACUCGCUGCGCGCCGUGGCGCAGGACCCUGCGCUGGAUUCCUACACCCUGGAGCAUGAAGCCAGGAAGCUGGACAGCACACUCGCACACAGCCUGCCGCCGCUCAACGACAGCUAUGAGUCUUCAAAAUAA